GAGUGACUGAUUGCCAGAAUUUUGUGCCAUCGCUGGGCAGGCAGACAUCCUUGACGACAUCGGUGAUCCCCAAAGCCGAGCAGAGCAUGGCUUACAAAGACUUUAUUUACUUCACCGUCUUUGAAGGGAACGUACGCAACGUUUCUGAAGUCUCCGUCGAGUAUUUAUGCUCUCAGCCUUGUGUUGUGAACCUGGAAGCAGUAGUCUCGUCUGAGUUCAGAAGUAGCAUCCCUGUGUACAAAAAAAGGUGGAAGAAUGAGAAACAUCUUCAUACCAGUAGGACACAAAUAGUACAUGUGAAAUUUCCAAGCAUCAUGGUGUACAGAGAUGACUACUUCAUCCGACACUCCAUUUCCGUAUCCGCGGUGGUCCUCCGCGCCUGGAUAACUCACAGAUACGGUGGCGGAGACUUGAACGUUAAAUGGGGGGAAAACCUGCUGCGUGCGGUCGCCAAGAAUUACACCCUGCUGAAGACAGUCCCGCCUUUUGAACGCCCCUUCAAAGACCAUCAAGUGUGUCUCGAGUGGAACAUGGACUAUAUUUGGAACCUCUGGGCAAACAAGAUUCCCCAGUGUCCUCUUGAAAAUGAUGCCGUCACCCUCCUGAGCUUUGUCUACGCCUCCAGUGGAGAAAACACGGGCAUCGUGAAGAAGAUUCCCAGGUUUCAGAACCGAGAGCUGGAAGCCACCCGACACCAGCGGAUAGAUUACCCAGUGUUUACUCUUUCACUGUGGCUUUAUUUACUCCAUUAUUGCAAGGCCAACCUCUGUGGGAUUCUGUACUUUGUGGAUUCUAAUGAGAUGUAUGGUACGCCUUCUGUAUUUCUUACCGAAGAGGGCCACUUGCAUAUUCAAAUGCAUCUUGUCAAAGGAGAAGACCUUGCUGUGAAAACGAAAUUCACUGUACCUUUGAAGGAGUGGUUCCGACUGGAUAUCUCUUUUAAUGGAGGCCAGAUAGUAGUCACCACCAACACUGGACAGGACUUGAAAAGUUAUCACAAUCAGACCAUUAGCUUCCGGGAAGACUUCUAUUACAAUGACACUGCUGGGUACUUCAUUAUUGGAGGGAGCCGCUACGUGGCCGGCAUUGAGGGGUUUUUCGGACCCCUGAAGUACUAUCGCCUUCACGCUCUGCAUCCUGCACAGAUUUUUAACCCCCUUCUCGAGAAGCAACUAGCUGAACAAGUCAAGUUCUAUUACGACAGGUGUACAGAGGUUCAGGAGAUAGUGUCCCUGUACUUGGCCGAGGUCCAGCAAGGGAGACAAGAAGCAUGCAACCCCCAGAACACCUACCUGGACCUGAAGCGUAGGUAUGGCCGACUCCCAACCUGUAGAGCCUUCCCCUGGGAGAAGGGGCUCAAAGAUCAGCACCUCAGUUUGUUCGAGGCCUUGCUGGAGAUGGGUGCUGCGACAGCGCCAAGGAACCCAAAUGAAUCCGUAUUAGAAAUCGGUGGGAGGAUAUUUGAGAAGGCUGUAAAGAGACUCUCCAGUGUCGAUGGGCUUCACCAAAUUAGCUCUGUCAUCCCCUCUCUGAUGGAUUCCAGCUGCUGUGGAUACCAUAAAGCAUCCUACUACCUCGCCGUCUUUUAUGAAACUGGAUUAAAUGUUCCUCGCGAUCAGCUGCAGGGCGUGCUGUAUAGCUUGGUUGGUGGCCAGGGCAGUGAGAGGCUGUCUUCAAUGAACCUUGGGUACAAGCACUAUCAGGGCGUUGACGACUACCCCCUGGACUGGGAGCUGGCCUAUGCCUACUACAGCAAUAUUGCUACCAAGACACCCCUCGACCAGCACACACUACAAGGAGAUCAGGCAUAUGUCGAAACAAUUAGACUGAAAGAUGAUGAGACACUCAAGGUACAGACCAAGGAAGAUGGGGAUGUUUUCAUGUGGCUGAAGCACGAAGCUACUCGAGGCAACGCAGCAGCUCAGCAACGAUUGGCCCAAAUGCUCUUCUGGGGGCAGCAAGGAGUGGCCAAGAACCCAGCAGCGGCGAUUGAGUGGUAUGCCAAGGGCGCCCUGGAGACCGAAGACCCGGCGUUAAUAUACGACUAUGCCAUCGUGUUGUUCAAGGGUCAAGGAGUAAAAAGAAACAGACGGCUUGCCUUGGAGCUGAUGAAGAAAGCAGCUUCCAAGGGAUUGCAUCAGGCAGUCAAUGGCCUGGGAUGGUAUUAUCACAAAUUCAAGAAAAAUUAUGCCAAAGCCGCCAAGUACUGGUUGAAAGCAGAAGAAAUGGGGAACCCAGAUGCGUCGUACAAUCUUGGAGUUCUGUAUCUGGACGGCAUCUUCCCCGGGGUCCCGGGGAGGAAUCAGACUUUAGCUGGUGAAUAUUUCCAUAAGGCUGCACAAGGCGGUCACAUCGAAGGGACCCUAUGGUGUUCUCUCUACUACAUCACAGGGAACCUGGAGACCUUCCCCAGAGACCCCGAGAAGGCUGUUGUAUGGGCAAAGCACGUAGCUGAGAAAAAUGGCUACUUGGGCCACGUCAUCCGCAAAGGCCUCAACGCCUACCUGGAGGGCUCCUGGCACGAAGCUUUGCUGUAUUAUGUUUUAGCAGCAGAAACCGGGAUUGAAGUGUCACAGACAAAUUUAGCACACAUCUGUGAGGAGCGGCCGGACCUGGCCAAGAGAUACUUGGGUGUUAAUUGUAUUUGGAGAUACUAUAAUUUCUCUGUUUUCCAAAUCGAUGCACCUUCAUUUGCAUAUUUGAAAAUGGGAGACCUGUACUACUAUGGCCAUGAAAACCAGUCACAAGACCUUGAGUUGUCUGUGCAGAUGUACGCCCAAGCCGCCCUGGACGGGGAUGCCCAGGGUUUUUUCAACCUGGCUCUGCUCAUCGAGGAAGGUGCUGUGAUCCCACCCCACAUUUUGGAUUUCCUGGAGAUCGACCCAGCUGCCCACCCCGAUAAUGUCUCAGUCCUGCAGGAGCUCUACGAAAGGUGCUGGAACCACAGUCACGAGGAGUCCUUCAGCCCCUGCUCCCUGGCCUGGCUCUUCCUUCAUCUGCGGCUCAUCUGGGGUGCUCUCCUCCACUCUGCCCUGGUCUACUUUCUGGGGACCUUUCUGCUGUCCAUCUUGAUCGCUGGGAUGGUGCAAUACCUCCAGUCUCUCUCAGCCAGCGGCCCCCCUCCCGCGCCAGCCCCCGCCUCUACGGAGCCCAGCACUGCCACAGCACGUCCAGCGGUGCCUGCAGACGCCUCGGCACAGGACCAGCCUGGGGUCCCCAACAGCCCGGAGCCACGGGGGUGAACAGGGCCUUGGGCCUUUCCACACCACAGAGCAGCCUGUCACUGCUGGUAUCGAACGCUGGGCAUUACGCUGAUAAACACUUUAAAUGUCUGGUCACUGGAUGCGAAUUUGCAAUUGGUGUCUAUUGUUUUGUUUUGUUUUGAAUCCAAUCACGAGGAAGUACAGGGAGCAGAGGGGGGCAGAGUAGAAGGCGCCCCCAGUCAGAGGGUUGUGCCUACCGGGGGUUCCCCGGGUUGCUGCCCAGGCCGUAGCUGGGGGCUGUGUGGAUCAGGCUUGGCUCCUCCGGACCCUCAUACGCAGAGUUGAGUUUCAAGCACGUUCACCCUUCUUCAUUCCUUUUAUUAAAGACGAUCGUGACUUCUUGACCAGUUAGGUGACAUUUCAGGACGUGUCGGCCACAGCACUGUUGCUCGAGGUCCUGUGGAAGGAUUUCAGCGUGACUUCCAGGCCCCAGCAAUGACGGGCACCUUGAAAUAAAUAGGUUGUGGCUGGAAAAGCAGGAGGGGACGGCUUUGUAAAUGGGUUUACAUUUUUCUCGUUGAAUUUUCCUAGGGUUGUUGUGCUUCCGAAUCAUUUACUGGCAUUGUUGAAUAUCAUUUACUUUUCCACUGCAAUCCAUAAAAUAACAUUUAGAAAAUUCUUAGUAUUUAAGUGUAGCCUCCUCCAUGAACUACCCACUAGAGUAGACUGGCAGUAGUAGAGUAUGCAGGAACAAGCCUUUAGCUCAUAGUGUCGCCUCCCCCUUUCGCCUGCCUGAGUCUGUGUAGGGUGUGUGGGUAUGUGUGAGAGAGAGAGCGAGCGAGCAUCUGCAUAGUGUAUGCUGCUAAGAUAGUAAAUAAAUCAGUCAUGCAAUAUUGUGGGUCUAAACUACUCUUUGCACUACUUUAUUUACAGUAGUAAAUAAAAAUUAUUUUUAUACCAUUGA